UUUGGGUAAAAAACUUAAUCUUCAUCUUCAGAAGAAAAGAAUACCACCAACCUUAUACUGGAUUGGAUAUUUUCUAUUCAUAUUCAUAGAUUUAGAAAAUGUUCAAUCUGAAUCAAAAGAGUAUUAUUUUCUUGACGCUUUUAAAAAUAUGUUUUCUCAAUAAACAUUCUUAUAUUAUAUUUACAACAGUUGCUUUAAGAUAUUCAUCAAUUUUACAUAUCAAAUUAUUUAAUUAUUUAUAUACUUAAUUAGAUAAUCUAUAAUAAUUUAAUUCAAUCUUGGCUCUAUUAUUCACAUUGAACUUGCUAGUACUAAAAUUUUCAAUUCCACCAAUCCGAAGGCCAAAGUUUUACUACCACUACACGACCAGAGGUACAUAGAUAUAAGAGCAAGCGGGAAGAGCACACACACUCGCCGCUCGCGCCACCAACCUUAACACCUUCCCUCCACCAUACGCAACGCCAUGGAGAGGACGACGACGAGGCGCACCAGCAGCAAGGGCGCCGCCGCCGCGCCCGCGCCCAAGGUGGUGGCCGUCCUCGCCGGCCUGCUCGAGCGCGCCGCGGCGCGGGGCGACGCCGACGCCGACGCCCGGGGCGGCAGCGCGGCCGCCGCGGCGGCGACAGCGUUCCGCGGGCGGACGAGGCCGGAGAUCAGCGUGCGGCGGUACGCGGAGCGGAUAUACCGGUACGCCGGGUGCAGCCCGGCGUGCUUCGUCGUCGCCCGCGUCUACCUCGACCGCCUCGCCGGGCGGUCGCCGGAGGAGGAGUCAUCGCCAUCGCCAUCGCCGCCGGCGACGGCAGCGGCGGCGGUGUGCGUGGACUCGUACAGCGUGCACCGUCUGCUCAUCACCAGCGUCAUGGUCGCCGCCAAGUUCAUGGACGACAUACACUACAACAACGCAUACUUCGCGCGCGUGGGAGGCGUGGAGGUGGCGGAGAUGAACGGCCUGGAGCUGGAGCUCCUCUUCGCGCUGCGCUUCCGCCUCAACGUCACGCCGGCGACCUUCGCCACCUACUGCGCCGCGCUCGAGGGCGAGAUGGCGGCGGAUGAUGGCCCCCUGCCGUCGCCGUCGCCGUCGCCGGAGGAGGAGGGGAAUGACCGUCGUCAGCCGCCGCCGCGACGAAAGGACGGCAUCACCAACAAGGUCGCCGCCGCCGUGGACAGAUCGGCGCUGCUCACGGCUGCUCAUCACAGAGUUGUAGUAGUAGAGAUCACCCAAUGACGGCAUACACGGCAGAAGAAGCGCCAUAAUAAUCAAUGGCCAUUGAUUGCCUUGCCCGUGAUUAAUUCUUUCAUCUCUUUCUUCGUUUUCUUCUCUCCCAAAUCUGUUUCGUGGUGAUCAGUGAUCACGAUUCACGACUCACGAGCUGUUGUUGGUUGUUGCCUGCCAUUUUCGUUGAUCAUUUUGUGUAUAAUCGCAAGAUGUUGCAUGCGCA